AUGCAAGUUCCACCCAGAGGAGGCCAUGGUCGAGUUGCUUCGGGCGACGAGAGAAGACGAACUGCCCUCACCCGGCGCGCGACAAAGGGUCCGCUCGACGCCGAUGACAUAGUUGUAGACGACCCUCUCGCUGAGAGCACCCCCAGCCUACCUGCGCGCAUUCGGUCGCCAGCACGGCCUCAACCUUCCCCGCAACCGCCGCACGAUGCCCCAACACGCGGCAUCGACGACAUUCCCCACAAGGACUUCAGCUUCCUGCAAGACCCACAGGCAUACCACGUCCUACCAGUGACGAAUGUACCGCCCCCAUUUUUGAGUGCGCCGCACACUCCGCCAAUAUCCUCGCCCAUAGACACUCUUCUCCUGUCAGGACACUAUCGCCUCGCCGCCAUCGCCGCCGCACGCAACCUCAUCUCGGCUGCCCCAGGCGAUCACGAUACACUGUUACACCUAGUACACGUCCGUCUGGCAUGUCUCUGCCUACUGCAAGAACAUGCACUAGCCGCGCAGGAGUCCAAGGUUCUGGGUGACCUAAACAGCGCCUUCUACCGGCACCCCCUUACGAACGCGCACCUGGUACCCUGGGAUCUACGCCUCCUCGUCGUACGACUAGCAGCGCUGGGCUAUGGAGAGUGGCGCAAGGGUAUAAUGGGCUACUACGAGCUUGCACGAGAGUGUAGGGAGAGCAUCCUCAGAUCGAGCUCAGACGAUGACAAGGCAAUGUGGCGGUCGAGAUUACGAGACUGCGGCAUCCGCGUUGCCAAUGUCCUCGUAGAGAUGGGCGAUCUCGAGGGCGCAGGAAGACACCUAGCAACACUCGCAGCAGAUGGUGAUCAAACUAGGGAGAUAUCGCUCAUGGAAACACUCGUCUGGUUGAGAGUCGGUGACAUGCAAUCAGCACGACGUUGUCUAGCGCGCGCAUCCUCCGCCUCCGCAGAUGCUCUCGUAGACGGCACACUAAAUGCCCUGAUUCAGCUCGCCGACUCGGACUACCAAGCCACUGCUGUAUCUUUCCAGGCACUGCACGAGCAGUUUCCCGAAGAUGCUAUGGUAGCGCAGAAUCUGGCUGUGUGUUUACUAUACACGGGUCGUAUCUCAGACGCUAGAGGUAUACUUAGUGAACUGGUAGACGAAAGUCCACCAUUCCACUCCCUCGUGUUGAAUCUAAGCACGGUGUAUGAGUUGUGUACGGAGAGGAAUAGAGAGAAGAAACUUGGGUUAGCCGAGAGAUUGGCUGGGAGGAGAGAAGGUGGCGGGGUAGGAUGGGAACUCAGUAAUGCUGAGUUCAAGCUAUGA